GGAUGACCAGGAAUCUAACUGCUUUUUUUUUGGUUUGUUUCUUGCAGUAUCUAAGCAUUAAGCAUCCCCACAGAGGAUGUUUAGAAGUAAGGAGUAGGGAUAAAAUUUAAACUGAUCAAUACUGUUUUUUCCCCUUAGGGCUCUUUAGUGAACAGUUUGGUUUUUUAAGACAGUUUAGUCAUUGUUAUUGGAAAUGACUAAUAGUAACUUUAUUUUAUUUUGAGUAUUUGUAUCUUAUACACAAAUGUAGGGAGGUUUUGGGGUGUUUUUAAAGAAACACGAACUUAUAUAGAUUCCCAUAAUUGAUUUCUUGAAUUAUUAAGCUUGGGUUUCAUUACAUCUUUGAAUCGGAGCAGAACCUGGGCUUUUGCUGUGGAACAGACUCCAAGUCAUCUAAUUUUCUUUUUAUGAUUGUUUAAGAAGUUAUCUUAUUUUGGUUUAGCAGUAGAAAAGGGGGGAGAAAAGGAUUAAUAGUGGACAGACCUUGCAUAACACCUGUAACAUUGAUGAUGUCUGUUUUUUUCCUUUGUCUUUGGUCUCCCAGUUCUCAUUUAACCAUUUGGAUAUUCAUGGAUUGGAGUUCUUUACUUGAGACAGUGGUGCUUUUUCCCUGGAACCUGGGCUCCCCAAGACGCAGCGCUGGAGCAGAUGGAUAAUGGAGACUGGGGCUAUAUGAUGACUGACCCAGUCACGUUAAAUGUAGGUGGACACUUGUAUACAACGUCUCUGACCACACUGACGCGUUACCCGGAUUCCAUGCUUGGAGCUAUGUUUGGGGGGGACUUCCCCACAGCUCGAGACCCUCAAGGCAAUUACUUCAUUGAUCGAGAUGGACCUCUUUUCCGAUAUGUUCUCAACUUCUUAAGAACUUCAGAAUUGACCUUACCUUUGGAUUUUAAGGAAUUUGAUCUGCUUCGGAAAGAAGCAGAUUUUUAUCAGAUUGAGCCCUUGAUUCAGUGUCUCAAUGACCCUAAGCCUUUGUAUCCUAUGGAUACUUUUGAAGAGGUUGUGGAAUUAUCUAGCACUCGGAAGCUUUCUAAGUACUCCAAUCCAGUAGCUGUCAUCAUAACCCAAUUAACCAUCACCACUAAGGUCCAUUCCUUACUAGAAGGUAUCUCAAACUAUUUCACGAAGUGGAAUAAGCAUAUGAUGGACACCAGAGAUUGCCAGGUUUCCUUUACUUUUGGACCCUGUGAUUAUCACCAGGAAGUUUCUCUCCGGGUCCACCUGAUGGAAUACAUUACGAAACAAGGUUUCACGAUCCGCAACACUCGAGUGCAUCACAUGAGUGAGCGGGCCAACGAGAACACAGUGGAGCACAACUGGACUUUCUGUAGGCUGGCCCGGAAGACCGAUGACUGAUCUAUAAGCCUGGGAGAAGUUCCUGGAAACUCACUCUCCAGGACAUGGAAGAGACUUUUUUUUUUUUUUUAAAUCACAGUGUGGGAUUUUUUUUUUUUUUUUAAUAUUUGUAUUUAUUUGAAGGCAUUGAGGACCAGAAGGAAGUUUUGUGCGUUAGCAGACUCCUCUAUGUUUUGUUCCUUUUACCUUGAGUAUGCAUGUGCCUGUUUGGAGCCUCCAGAUACCUUUUUUAUAAAAAGAAGUAUGAAAAUCAUUAUGGUAUAUAAUCUACUCUUAACAGAGCUUUUUUUAUUACAGUGCUAUAAUGAUUUCUGAUUAAAUGGUCCCUAACUCAACUAGAAGGCUAAAAAUGCAGGAAUGAAAGAAUAAACAGAGUAUUCAUGAUGCCUUUGAGAAAAAUCAAAACAUCAUGUAGGGUGACCUAGUUUCCAAACCAAUAAGAAGUAUUGUAAUAUUAAAGGAAAACUGUUCCAAUCAUUUAAAAGUACUUGUUAAGUACUGCUUUUUACAGUUAUGACAACUGUUUCUUUCUAUGCAUAUAAAUCAAGCAACCAAAUAUCUGUAGCCAUGGAAAUGUCUGACUAGAAAUAUUUAUAUUGGAUUCUGAAUACAAAAUGUCCCUGUGGUAGAACUCUUACUUCUUAUGCCUGGUGCAGUAUAAUUCCCAAGUGUACUGUCUACCAGAAGAAGAAAAAAAAACUAAUAAAAAAUGAAAUAUGAAAAUUA